AAACACCUUAAUUAGCAAGAAAUCCGGGUUUUCCCAAGUUUUAUAAUGACUACUCACAGGAUAACUUAUGUCGGUAUCCUAAGGUGUAACGAUACACCGAUUUUUCUGUCGCAAGCGCAUAAUCUUACACAUCUUUCAUAUCUAAGCAGGGGGUAUGCAAAAAAUAUUUCGUCAUUCAUGGCCCGUGAAAUCGCCAGCAGGAUAGAUGUCGGUUUGAGCAAUAUCGAUGUGGAAGGGUACGAUGUGUAUGCUUAUAAGUGGGAGAAUGGCCUCUGUAUAAUAUGUAUCUGUAACAAGGGCUACCCAAACAGAGUUGCGUUUGCACUCUUGCAGCAAAUAUUCUUCGAUUUUAUUGAUAAAUACCCGGACGCAGGUUUGCAAUACACCCAGGAUAUAAACCUGAACAAUUCCUCAAUUAAGACUCUGAUGCAUAAAUACAAUAACCCACUCGAAGUUGACGCCUUUGAAAAUGUAUCUGAAAAGGUACAUAAUACCAUGAAUAUUGUACACAGGACAGUUAACGAUCUCCUAAACAAUGGUGAGACUCUAGAGGCGCUCGUUAACCAAAGCAAAGAUUUAUCAACAAAGACUAAGGACGUCUUUGCCAAAAGUAAGAAACUCAAAAAGAGAAGUUGUUGCGCACUGAUGUGAUUCUAUGGACUCUCAAAAUAUAUUCGUUGGAAAAGGAAUAUAAUGUGGCAAUAACUUGACCAUAAUACCAUUAAUGUAGUGCAAGAAUAACUCACCAAACAAUGUAGCAGUGAUAUUUGCUAAGAAGGAUUUGGACCAUGUGCUAGUCGUGCUUUAUGUAGCAAUGCACCCUUUCUGGGUAGUCUAUCACGGUUAAUUACGAUUGUGAUAUGUAUAAAUUGUACGAUUAUGUA